AUGUUUUCUCGCGGUUUACGUCUUAGAGCUACUGCUGCUGCACCAAUUUUUAAUCGAGGAUUCCGGUCUUCAGUUGCCAACUUUGUCCAAGCUGGAGACAAGGUACCAUCAGUUGAGGUAUUUGAAGGUGCUCCGUCUAACUCUCUCAAUUUGGCCAAGGAGACUUCCUCGGGUAAAUACUUGAUUGUUGGAGUUCCUGGUGCGUUCUCACCUGGGUGUAGUGCUCGACACGUCCCUGGUUAUUAUAAGAAUUUCAAAGAAUUCUCGGCCAAGGGCUUCAAUGGUGUGUUCGUAAUUGCUGUUAACGAUGCUUUCGUAACUGGAGAGUGGGCUAAGACUUUAGAAGCUGCCUAUUCUCCCAAUUCUGCCAUACGCUUUGUUGCUGACCACAGUGGCGAAUUUUCCAAGGAGUGGGAUACUUUGUUUGAUGCUUCCAAGUUUUUCGGUAACAGUCGUACCAAGAGAUAUGCUGCCAUUGUUGAGGACGGUGUUGUCAAGGCUGCAUUUGUCGAGCCUGAUUCUACCGGUAUUUCUGUCUCUGAGGCAGAGUCUAUUCUCGGAACUUUGUAA